UCCAUCCGCAGCCCCGGGAACCCAAGAGACAGUGGGUUUCUUCUCCCCAUCUCUACAACUUGCGCAGCACCAGGCUGUCCUUCUCCGUGCACCAGCAGCCUGACCCCAUGGAGAAGCGCAGAGACCUCGAGGAGAUCCUCCUCAGCACGCCCCAGUCCCGGAGCGUGGGAAUUGAGAUCACCAACAAGACAAGCGUGACCCUCCGCAAUCCCAGCUAUUUCUGCCAAAGCGGUGAAAUCUUCACGCCCCCGUCACCAUCCAUCAGCCCCCAGUCCAGGGAGACGUGCGUCUUUGUGAAACGCAACCUGAGCGCCUGGGGCGUAUCCGGAGCCCUCUUGUAUGUCUCGGAGCCCUUCUCCUUCGCGGUGAUGUUCUACAACCCCAGGAACAACACGAUGUUUGCCCACCAGUACGCAGUGGAGAUCUUCCCCGGGUCAACCAUCUCCGGGAGCCUGGAGAGCCUCUACUGGUCCAUGCGCGGGGACCGACCCCAGUCCCAAACCUACCGGAAAGAGGUGCUGGACAAAAAAACCUCCUCCAUCGUUGUGUCCGAUGGGACCUACAGCAUCUCAGCCACCAUGUCCAACCACAGCAAAGCCGUCCUGAAGAUGCUGGUGGAGGAGACGCGGGGGUCUCCACCAAAGUACACAGCCAGCUGCUUUCCCAAGGACAUCUCCAAGGAGAGGCACCCGCAGGCUUUCUCCUACUUGCCAAAAUAGUGACAAAGCUCCAUGUCCUGGAAUUUCGUUCCCACGCUGGAAACCCAACAGUUUCUGCACAAAGCAUACAGGUUUGGUUUUAAUUUUGUGUUUCCUCCGAUUUCACACCCUUUUCACCAAGCCUGCUGCCAAACUGGGCAAGAAACCCGAGAAACAAAUCAUUUUCAGAUUUCACUCUGAAGUUUUACAGAAUAUCUCCAUCCUCCAAAGCUGAGAAAUUAAGAAAUACUGCAGAAAAAUAAAGCAACGCAUUUCUCUGAGAGCCGCCCUUCGUGCUUUUGGGGGUGAUAAUAACCAAGGCAGAAGGAAGAAGGUGGUGAGGGCUCCAGCAUCUCAAGUUUUCAGCCGUCACAAUUUCCAUUUCCUGAAAUAAAAUCUCUUGUCCAGACUGAGGCAGAACAAUGGCUUUUUUUUCGGUUCUGAAUUCCCCCCUGAUAACGUGCACUGGCACUUCUCAGCCUGCAGGGAUCAUGGCUCCUCAGCUCGGCGCACACAUCUUGCUUGGCACAACCUUCAGAAAAAGGAGGGGAGGAGGGGGAAGAAUGGGAAAAUAAAUUUUCUUCAAUGUAUAUUUUUUCCUGUUAAUUCUGUCCUGGUGACAUCUGAAACCAGCUUUUCCGACGGUGAGUCACAGCCGACAAACUAAGCACCCAGCUGCCCCGGGAGCUGCUGCCGGGGCUGCAGCG